CUGUGGCAAAGCAUUGACGUCCAGUAACUUAGUUAUGUGAGCACCUCUUUGUUUACCUAGACAUCUCCCGUACCUGUUGAGGGCUCGUCUCGUUUCCCAUCAAUCAAUCAUCACCACAAGUCCACCGUUAUCGUCCUGCUCGGUCCGUGCACCAUGAGGCCCACCAUAACCGCAACCACCCUUCUUUCCGGCUGCAUCGCGGCAACAACAGCUGCAGCCGCCGCCGUCGCCGUCGCCGUCCCUCCCUCCCACAGCGGACUCCGCAUCCCGACCUCGCACGAAUCCGCCGUCCUCGGCCGGCGCAUACUCGCUCUUACUCCGCUCGGCACGCUCUCAACCGUCUUCCCCGAGGACGACAAACAAAAGGGCGAUAGCAAUCGCGAUGGCGGCGUCUCGAACCAGGAGCGGCGCUCCCCGGGGCUAGGCGGCCUGCCGUACGGCCUGAUGGAAUACAUUGCCGACUGCGAGGACGACGACGUCGGGAACCCCACCAUCCUGGCGAUCUCCAUCGGGACGACCUUUAAGAACGCCGCGGCGGGAAGCAACGUGAGUCUGGCGGUCCAGUGGACUCCGCCGUACCCGCCCGCGGAGCGGAUCAAGAGCACCGGGAACAGCUGGCUCUCGUACCUGGGCCUAUCCCGCACCGAGGACGACGACGACGACGAUGAUGAUGACGACGAGCGCGACAUCUCCCUCCCUUACUCGGCCGCCAAUCUCCCCCGCUUCUCCCUUCUCGGCCAUCUCGAGCCAAUCCCGGGCGGCGACGAUCGCAGCGACGAGGACGGGGUCGGCGCCAGGCUCGCGAGAUGCUACGUCAAGUCGCACCCGGACGCGCGGUACUGGCUCCCCGGCAACCGGAUCCACGAGGCGCACUUUGUGCGGCUGGUUGUGGAACAGGUGUACUGGGUCGGCGGGUUCGGGGAUCGCGCGUAUAUUGGGUGGAUUCCUGUUGAGGAGUGGCGGAACGUCACGCGGGAAGAAUGGCAAAAGGUUCGCCUUCCAGGAGAAAAGAAGGGGUGGAAGGAGUGGUCUACACAGGAAGACCUUAAGAUUAAGGUGAACGUAAAGGGGGGAUCGGAAACUUCAAUAUUCACUACCAGUUUUUUCUCACGGCCUCGAAGACCUAUCAUAAAGGCAAUAAAUGGCUUGGUUCAGCCCCUACUGGGUCCACGAGGUUGAUGUGAUUGUAUGAACGCCUCUUCGUGAUUCCUGUUCACGACCGGCCCGUCAACAGAGCGAAGAAGCCUUGAAACCACGAGAGGAGUGAGUUCUCGCAUCGCACCCUCUACGUUCAGAGUACAACAGUGUAUCCUUGCGAAAAGAUCCU